AUGUUCAUGGACCGACCCGCGGCAGAUGAAUCCAUUUUCUUGUCCGAAUUCCAAGAGCUUAAUGAUCACCAUUUUUGCCUGGACUUAACCCUUUCAUAUGUCUCCUCAAGCAGUUCACUUAAGCAUUCCUGUAGAGAGCGGAACUGUAGGUCGGUCUCUAUCGCCUUGUUCGGAACCUCCGAGAUUGUACAGCCGGAUCGUCUUCGCUUGUCUCGCUCUCUUCCCUCCUGCUUCUCAGGCCUCACGCUUGAAGGAGUCGAUUUCGGUCCUGGCGAUCACAGCGAUACGACCGCUGCAGGGGAUAUCUCUGCUGUUGAGGCUGAGUCUGCUUGUAGGCCGCCGCCUGGAUAUGUUCAACAAACUAAAACGCUCGAUCAAAUGGCGGUGGAAUUCCAAAAACCAAUCGACGAAAUCGAAUCGGCUACCGCCGGAUCUUCAGCCCCAGCAAAUUUGGAGAAUUUUUUGACUUUGCUCCUAGCAGUCCUUGAGAGACAGAGACUCCGCCGUGGACGACCUGAAAACAUUGACGAGCUCACUCCUAAACAGCUCGUCCAGGAGAAGGCUGACCUUCAAAAGAGCCUGCUUUACUUCGAAAAGGUUCACGGUCGUCCGUCGGAUUCAAACGAAAGACGGAUCAUGAAACCUCUAUACGAUCGCUAUCGCCAUGUGCGUCGCCUGGUCCGUUGCAUGCAAAGCUCGAAACGGACGAAGUCACUCAGCCUCUACCGAUCCGAAGACCACACUAUUCCCACUGUUCUUACCACUUCCGCGCACUCUUACACUCCAGAUGCCGGGCUUCCUAUUAAACGAGCCUCACCACCCCGUCCGCGUGCUCCAGAGGUCAUCCAACCGGAGGUUCGCGUCUGCGAUACCAUAAAGGUUGAGGUAGAGGCUGGUGAGAGCUCGACGCUGGAUGCCUGCGCAAGUGAAAGUACACUUAGAAACCUCUCCAAAACAGACUUCCCCGAGCUGCCAGUGGGUAUGAUUCUGGACGACACCUCGUCAUCGUUGUUAAGGUAA